AUGGCGGCGGCUGCGGUUUGAAUUCCUGCGGCGCCGCUAGAAUCUGAACAAGAGCUGGGCCGGAGGGGGCGGGGACCUGGGGAGUCGGGCGGGUUGCGCGACAACAGGGGAUUCCAGUGGCGCCGCCGCCACGGACACCAACGCCACUACUGCCUCUGUGUCCAUAAUGGACUCUGCGUUGGAGGAGGACGUCACCAUCCCCGGGACUCUCAGCGGCUGCAGUGGCCUCGUUCCCAGUUUGCCAGAUGACCUGGAUGGCAUCGCCCCCAGUACUGCUUUGGGAAAUGGUGUGCUCCCAACUGUGUCAGAAGAAAUGGUAUCUCCCACCAGAGUACGGAACAUGAAGGACUUUGAAAAUCAAAUCACUGAACUGAAGAAAGAAAACUUCAACCUAAAGCUCCGCAUCUAUUUCCUUGAGGAAAGGAUGCAACAGGAAUUUGAUGGCCCCAUGGAACAUGUCUACAAAACUAACAUUGAACUCAAGGUGGAAGUAGAAAGUCUGAAGCGGGAGCUCCAGGAACGAGAGCAGCUGCUCAUCAAAGCCUCCAAAGCCGUUGAGAGCUUAGCUGAAGGGGGUGGCUCUGAAGUUCAGCGGGUGAAAGAAGAUGCUCGGAAGAAGGUGCAGCAGGUUGAAGACUGCCUAACCCAAAGGAUACUCCUUUUACAAGAGGAUGUGAAAACCGCCCAAGCAGAACUGGAAAAGGCCUUUACAGGAACGGAGAAGGAGAAGGCUCUUCGGCUGAGUUUGGAAAACAGACUUACAGAGAUGAAGAAGAUGCAUGAAGGUGACUUGAAGACGGCUCUGGCUCUGAAAGAAAAAGACAGACUGAUUGAGGAGUUGAAGCUGUCUUUGAAGAGCAAAGAAGCUUUAAUUCAGUGCCUUAAAGAGGAGAAAUCUCAGAUGGCAUCUGCUGAUGAGAUUGUGUCAUCUGGAGAGCUCCGAGGACUUUCUGCUGCUCCUAGGGAAGAAAGGGAGAAAGAAACGGAGGCUGUACAAAUGGAGCGUCAGAAGGAGAGGAGUUGCUUUGAAGAGAGACUCCAGACACUUCAGGAGGACCUGAGAGAGAAGGAAAGAGAAAUUGCUACAGAAAAGAAAAAUAGUUUAAAGCGGGAUAAAGCCAUUCAGGGUCUAACCAAGGCAUUAAAAUCAAAGGAAAAAGAGGUUGGAGAACUUAACCUUGAAAUCAAAGAGCUCAGUGCUGCCUUUGCUAAAGCCAGAGAGGCCUCCCAGAAAGUACGGACCCAGAAAUUCCAGGGAUCUGAAGCCUAUGAGGCUGCCCUGUCAGAAAAGGAAGUCCUUUUGACUGAAUUGCGUGCAGAAAACCUCACCAAGAGUACGGAGAACCAUAGACUCUGUAGAAGCAUUAAGAAAGUCACCCAGGAGCUGAACGACUUGCAGCAGGAGAGAGAGAGACUAGAAAAGGACCUGGAGGGAGCCCAUCGGGAGAAGAGGGAAGACGAUUACACCAUCCUUGACCUUAGGAAUCAGGUUGAGAAACUACGUGACGAAAUGAUUGAAAGAGAGAAAGUGGUGGAGAAUCGUUACAAGAGUCUUUUGACUGAAAGUAAUCUAAAAGCGCAUAGUAGUCAAGAGCAAGAGAUCGAACGCCUCACAGAAAGUCUCAAUCAAAAGGACCUGUUGCUUAUGAAAUUCAAUGAAAAAGAUUUGGAAGCACUUCAGCAGAACUGUCAUUUAAUGACUGGGGAGGAUUUCAAGUUCAGAAGUGAAGGCUUAAUAGCAGAAAAGUGCUCUUCUCAACAGUCACCAGGCAGCAAAAUCAUCUUCUUCGAGGAAAAGCAACAAUCAAGCUAUGAAGAGCUGAUUCAGGUCUUAAAGAAAGAGCAGGCCAUCUAUUCCCGUCUGGUAAACUCUGUACAGGACACAAACAGUAUCAACAACCUGCAGGCUGAGUUAAACAACGUUUUUGCCCUGCGGAAACAACUGGAGCAGGAUGUGCUUUCCUACCGGAAUUUGCAGAAAACCUUGGAGGAACAGAUCAAUAAAAUUCGGAGGCGGGAAGAAGAAACAUUUUCAUUUUAUAGUGAUCAAACAUCUUACUUGAGUAUUUGCCUUGAAGAGCACAGUCGGCUACAAGUGGAACAUUUUUCUCAAGAAGAGCUUAAGAAAAAGGUCAGUGACCUUAUACAGCUAGUGAAGGAACUGUAUACAGACAACCAGCACCUGAAGAAAACAAUUUUUGAUCUCUCCUGCAUGGGCUUCCAGGGAAGUGAAAGACUUGAAUCAGUAGAACAAACAGAGCUUCUGGCUAGCAAGGAGGAUGAGGACACACUCAAAAUUGGAGAGGACGACAAGAAUCAUUUCCGUAGUGACCAGCAUUUGGAGCAGAGUGAUGAGAUCAUGGAGGACUGUCCCAAAGGAGGCUGUAAAAAUGGAUACUUACGGCACACAGAUUCCAGUAUUUUAGACUACGAUGGAGCCUGCAAGCCUAGUUGUCCUGGGGACCUGAGUCUAGAAGGAGGAGAGCUCAUGAACCUGUUUGCCCCUUUCUUUAAUGAGAAAGCCACAUUGUUACUGAAAUCCAGACCAGAUCUUUUGAAAAUGCUACGUGAACUACUUCUGGAACAAAAAUGCUUGACAGAGCAAAGCAUUUCUGGGGAACAUGUUGAUGGUAAAACCAAGAAGAUGCUUAAGCAAAUGGCCAUUCAGCUGAGUGGGGAACUUGGACAUUUCAUCAGCGCCAACUCAUUUUCCAAACCACAUGAUGAACUGAAGUCACCUUGGAGAACCCAGCUAGUAAAAUUGGGUGAAAUGUCCAAGGCAGAGCUGAAAGAUGCCUCAGUACAGACUGUGGUCAUGGAGGGUGACACUCUCAGAUUCAAACAUGAAGGAACCAGAGAAGCAUGGCAAGAGAAACCAACAGAUGCUGCAUUCCGCACUGAGCAUCAGCCAGAGAACUUGCACAAGGUGCCAGGGCGGAAGAUCACGCUUUCUUUCCCAAUUGGGACCAACAAAGAUACUAAGAAAUCCCGCUUGCCAAUCUUAGUAAAACCAUCCUGGUCAUUAGGAAGUGUUUAUCGGUUCUCUGCCACCCAGGAGGUCAUGGCUCAGCUUCAAAACCAGAUCAUGGAGCUGCAGGGGGAACUGAAGGAAUUUAAAACUCGAAACAAACAACUUCACCAAAAGUUAAUUCUGGCUGAAGCAAUGGUGGAGGAGAGGCCAACGCUGGACAAAAUGCUACUGAAUGCCCAGCCCCUUGUGGGAGCAGCCGACCAGGGCAGCCCAGGAGAGCAAAAAGGAAUUAAAACCACACCCUAUAUUUGGAGAGACAAAGAAAUGGACAGUGAUCAACAAACAAGCGACGAGACUGAUUCUGAAAUUUACCAGCCUGAUGACCUUGCCAUCUUGCCAGCCUGCAAGGAGAAUCCUUCUGAAGAUUUUUUGGGCACAACUUCAGUAGCUACUUACUUGAGUUCUAAGAGCCCGCUUUCUGUUAAAGUCAGCGUGAUUGAGACUGAUCAGUCUGACAACACUGAUACUGCAAUUAAUACAGAAUACUUAAAACAGAAAGUUCGUGAUUUAGAAGCUGAGCUCAAGGGCUACCAGAAUUUUUUAUUUCAGCUUCAGUCCGGGAAACACUCCCAGUGCAGUGAGGCCAUUAUCACAGUUUUGUGUGGGACAGAAGGAGCUCAGGAAGGCUCGAGCAAGCCCAAGGGCAGUAAUGAUGAUGAAGAAAUGACCUUCUCUAGUUUACAUCAAGUUCGCUAUGUAAAACACAUGAAAAUCCUCCGUCCCCUGACCCCAGAAAUGACUAAUGGGGGGAUGCUGGAGAACCUCAAGCAGCAUCUGGUGGAACAGGAGUAUGAGCUACAGAAAGAGCAGAAUUUGAACAUGGAACUAUUCAGUGAAAUCCAUAAUCUUCAGAAUAAGUUUAGAGAUCUUUCACCCUCAAGAUACGAUUCAUUAGUUCAGUCCCAAGCCAGGGAGCUCUCCCUUCAACGACAGCAGAUUAAGGACAGCCAUGGCAUCUGCGUCAUUUAUCGUCAACAUAUGAACACCGUGAUGAAGACGUUCAAGGAGUUGCUCCAGGCCAGCGACGUGGACUGCUAUUUGGCUGAAGGUUUCCAGGAGCAGCUGAAUCAAUGUGCUGAACUGCUGGAGAAAUUGGAACUGUUGUUUCUCAGUGGAAAAUCAGUGGAAGUGGAAGUAAGCACCCAGAAUGGACUGAUGGACAGGAUUGGGGAAGACACCAUAACCUACCAACAUAUUCUGCCUGAGUCUCCUGAGCCUUCAGCUUCUCAUGCACUGUCUGAUUGUGAAAUGUCCGAAAAGUCCUUCUUCUCACGAGACCAGAAACAAGAUAGCGAGAUUGAGAAGAGUUCGGUUAUAACUAACAAUUUUUCUCAAGACUUACUAAUGGAACAUAUACAAGAAAUUCGAACUUUGAGAAAACGUUUAGAAGAAUCUAUUAAAACAAAUGAGAAACUGCGGAAACAGCUGGAACGGCAGGGGUCUGAAUUUGAUCAAGGUUCUGCGACUAUUUUUGCUUAUGGUUCAGAGCUGCAUAAUUCUCUGACAUCAGAAAUUCAUUUCCUGAGGAAGCAGAACCAGGCCCUCAAUAUAAUGCUUGCUAAAGGAUCUAGAGAUAAACAGAAGGAGAAUGAAAAAUUACGGGAGUCCCUGUCCAGGAAAACUGCAGACCUCGAGCACCUUCAGCGAGAGUAUGCCUGUGUGAAAGGAGAAAAUGAGCAGUUGCAGACGGAAGUCAGUGAGAUGGAGAAACACAGCCAGCAGCUGGUCCAGGAGAUCCACAACAGCCGCAAUGAACUGUGCAGGGCACAGGAGGAGGUGAAGUUGAGGCAGCAACUGCUCUCACAGAAUGACAAGCUCCUCCAGUCCCUUCGAGUGGAGCUGAAGGUGUAUGAGAAGCUGGAUGAAGAACACAGGCGACCACGAGAGACAUCAGGAGAAGGCUGGAAGGGCCAGGACCCUGUCAGUGACCUGCAUGGCCUCCUGAGAGAGAUCCAGGCUCUGCGGGCGCACUUGGAGAGGAGCAUCGAAACCAACAGUACCCUACAGAGCAAGCUGGAGGAGCAGCUGGCCAAGGCUGAGAAGACGGCCUUGGAAGCUGCAUGCCCUUUGGCUGUCCAAACCCUACCCAUCCCCGAGCGGCCCCUUCAGCUAGACAAACACGGUGGUAACAAAUGUUCCAUGACAAAUGAGGAUUCAUAUGAUCUGUUUGAUUCCAACCUGGCAGUUCCACCAAAUUCAGCGUCAAAGACUCUUCUGCUCUGUGGAGAAGGCAUGGGCUCACUCUCCUGCAACAGUGGCAGCUCAACCACCAGCAGCCCAUGCAUGCCCCGCCUAGUCCCUGGCCACCGCCCAUGGGCCAACAAGAGUGGACACCAUGUCUUGGGCUUGAUCGAGGACUACAAGGCUCUGCGCAAGCAGAUUGACCAGGCCCAGAGACUCCUUGCUGAAAUAGACAUCCAAAUCCAGGAGGCAUCUAGCCCCACAAUUGGAGAGCUGGGAACAAAGGGUCCACACUUGGCACCUCUGGGCAACUUGGUCACCAGUGUGAGCACAGCCAAGCUGAUCCUGGAAGAAGCCUCGAGGUUACUGAAGCUUCUCUGGAGAGUCUCACUCCCUACAGAUGGCACCCAUCACUGUGAGCAGGUUGGAGACAUGAAGGCAGAAAUCACCAAGUUACAAAAAACAUUAUUCGAACAAGACAAGAAGUUGCAAAACACCGUCAAGCUCUUACAGCUGAGCAAGCACCAGGAAAAAGUCAUCUUCGAUCAGUUGGUCGUAACCCACAAAAUUCUUCGGAAAGCCAGAGGAAACCUGGAGCUCAGGCCUGGAGGGGUCCAUCCAGGAACAUGCAGCCCCAGCCGGCCAGGCUCCUGA